AUGCAACGCGCUGGUUACAAGCGCAACUUAACGCAGCGACAAGAACAGAAAGGAGAAGGAGAAGAAGCGAAGCGAACAUAAAAGGAGGACUUUUGUUUUCUCCACGUCCACUUCACCCGAUCCAGUCACUCAAAGCUUUAACAGCCUCAAACAUAAUCCCAGUGGUUGUGACUGACAUGAUGACUCCUGUUUCCAGAAUGAUGCUGCAGCACUCUGGUCCCUCGCUGGCUGACAUCAGCUGCUCCGCCCUGGUGCCCUGCCUGUCCCCGCCGGGCUCGCUCACCCUGGACGACUUCACCAACUUCACACCCAUCGUGAAAGAGGAGCUGCGGCUCGCCAUCCAGACCAAGCGGCUGUCCAACGGGCUAAGCGCCGACAUGAGCUCGGACGGAGCCAGCUCCAGCUCGGACCGAGCCUCCGAGCUGCCCAGCGGCGGGUCCGGGGUCAAGAGAGAGUUGACAUUCGAGGAGCACGAGAGGAGGAAAAGGAGGCGAGAGAGGAACAAAAUUGCUGCUGCCAAGUGUCGCAACAAGAAGAAGGAGAAGACAGAGUCUUUGCAGAAGGAGUCUGAGAAGCUGGAGAGUGUCAACGCUGACCUGAAGGCUCAGAUCGAGGAGCUGAAGCAGCAGAAGCAGCAGCUCGUCUACAUGCUCAACCUGCACCGGCCCACCUGCAUCGUCCGGGCCCAGAACGGCCAGACGCCUGAGGACGAGAGGAACCUCUUUAUCCAGCACAUCAAGGAGAGCACCUUACAACUCCACAACCUCACCUCCUCCACCACCUCCUCCUCCUCGUCCACAUCCACCUCCACAGUAGCGCCUCUAGACGGAGGACUUCUCACCCUCGAUCACAUUCAUUGUCCCAGCCACCUAUGAGCGACGAGUUUUCUAAGACUUGGCGAUACCUCCACCUGUUGCCUCUGAUGUAGCACAGACUGUUCAGGUGGAGCCGCCACAUAGACUUCUGAUGUGAGAAUGACAGUGAAACAUAAUAGACGCCACCAUUGGAUGACUCCUCAGUCUCAUUCAGCAUCCACAAAGCUGCUAGAGAGUGUGAGGCAUAAAGUGACCUCAGCACCUCCCACUCCCUGAAACCGUAGCUGCUGAUUGGACAGAAAGUGACAGCACCUUGGCAUGCAUAACGCAUUUCUCUUUUUUACAGUCAGGGCCAAGGACACAUGCUAAAGCACUAACCAACAAAACAAAAACAACUUUUUUUUAUUUUUAUUUACAGGUAUUUUGAAUAGAUGAGAGUCUGAUUUAGUGUCUGAUUUUUUUUGUACCAAAGUGUGAUUUCAAGGUGAUCAAGGCACAUAAUUCAACUGUUCACCCUCAAUGAAAGGCAACACAGAAUGACAGAUGUGAGUGUGUACAGACACUUGAGUGAGUUUGAGCUGCAAGUCACUGACUUUAAAAAAAGACAUUGUUUGUGCUUAGUGUAUGAAACAUAGUAUAUUUAUUAACUACCCACCGUAUGAUAUGUUGUUGCCGUAUCAACCCUGUCUGCUUGUUCAGUAUAUAACAUGAACUACUAAAUCUGCUGCUACUACUAACCACUCAGGACAUACUCUGGCUGUAGAAGUCAAUGUCAUGUUUAUUUUAAUGUCUCUUUAAGCGCUAACCUCUCAAAGUGUAAGUGAGUGUAAGUCAGGUUGUUGGCUGUUGAGUAGGGUAGCAGUAGCACUCACAAAGGGAAAUGUAAUUUGCAGGCAGGGUUUACAAAUCUGCACUUAAAACAUGAUAAAUAUGACUAUAUGCUCAUAUAUGCAGACGAUACUUUACUUUUCUUAACAAUUUGAAGUUAAAAUUGUCCCAAAAAAUUGAAUACUGUAUAUAAUUUCACAGGCACACUUUACUUAUCACUGCGUGCCCUCUUAAACAGACCUAGUAGUUGCUUUUUACAUCCUCUGUGACGAUGAAGCUACAUGAGUACGAGUGUUAUAUUUUACAGAUGUGUUGUUUUCUACCUAAAAAUCUUGUAUAUUGUAUUAACUGCGCAUUAACUCUGUGCUACUGUAUGUAAACACCAGAUGCCUCCUUUGGUUUUGACAGAGCAAAACGAAAAAAGAUUGUAAUUUUUAAAGAAAAUAUUUAUUGAUGACAAGUUGGUGUGGAAGUUAUGUUCACUAGAUAUCAUUAGCUAGGUAUCAGAAGUGUUUCAUCAGCUUUCGGCUCGUCCUUUAACAUGCCUGACUCUGAAGUUACGCAAGAUAUUAUGAUAUUACACUGUGUUUUGGACUUUUACCAGUAUCCAGGUUUCAGUUCACUGCCAAAUAUUUUUCCCACCCUCCACUCCCUCCUCCGCCUCUUCUCGCCCGUUGGCUUUACAGUUAAAUCAUCCAUCAAGGGAAAAUGUGGUUUAUUGCACAAACAGAAACUGAGGAAGUUUAAUGAGCGACGGUUUUUCUUCUGCCAAAUGCUAAUCAUCCAAUCAGGACAGAGUGUUCAUCAACAGCCAUGCGUCUGUGAACACUGAAACUUCCUCAGUCAGUGCAGUUCACUCUAAAGCUAACACUUCAAAAUGGGAACUCUUCUUAUCAGUAUUUAAAUAAUUGUCAGUAAGUUACUUCACCAAGCAGACUGAACAUCACGGCAGCAUCAUCUUAGUAUAGCAGCACCUAAGAAACGCUUCAAACGGGUACAUAACAGAAGGGUAAUCGUUUAAGUCUGAGGUUUUUCACACAGCACAUUACAGUAUAUUGGUUCAUGGUGAGGACUGAAGUGUUAUAUUUAAUGUUUGCAUGGCAGAAGGUUUUUAUUGUUUAUCGUGUGUGUUAUGUUGGUAAAAAACUUUUGAGAGUCACACGGUUAAAGGGACGCAGGCGUCUGUGUGUGUUCAGUGUGUAUGUUGUUUUUGUGGUUGAAGUUGUUCGUUGUCCUGUCGUUCGUCAUGGCUAGAUAGCUACUGAGCACUGAGUUUGACUUGUAUGUACUCUACUGUGCCUACUUCUACUGGAGGCUGAUCUAUUUCUGUAGCUGCUCGACCGUCAGAGCAUCGUAGUCUAAGUGAAUAAACUGUAGGCCGUCAGGUACAACUGCACUGCUAUUACCAAUGUGUACUUCCAUCUUUGUGAUCUGUCGAUUUUUGUUUUUGAUACUUUGUUAAUUAAAAAUAUAUAUUGCAAAUGAAA